UGGCUGCCUGACGGCUCCUCCCAAGCGUGUGUAAGAAAUUUGCAAACAGAGCGAGGAUCCGUGCAUCGCAGAGCGGGAGGGCUGCAGCACCGGGACAGCUGGAUCCCCGGAGAACUGGGUACAAGACGUCACCGAGGGAAAGGGACUCCAUUCAGGCUGCAGUAUGUUCUCAUCAGUGAAGGCCUAUGAGAACCAACAGUAUUCCUCUCUGAAGAAACAGUGCCAACAGAGUGGAGGGCUGUUUGAGGACCCCCUAUUCCCUGCUGUUGAUGAGUCACUCUUUUACCAGGGCAACAGGAUUGGCAGAGUGCACUGGAAAAGGCCUAAGGAGCUGUGUGCUGACCCUCACUUGUUUGUUGAUGGGAUCAGUGCUCACGACUUGCACCAGGGACAGCUGGGAAACUGCUGGUUUGUGGCGGCCUGUUCCAGUCUAGCCUCCAGAGAGUCUCUAUGGCAGAAAGUUAUUCCAGACUGGAAGGAUCAGGAAUGGGAUUCAGAAAAGCCAAAUUCCUACGCCGGGAUCUUCCACUUCCGCUUCUGGCGCUUCGGAGACUGGGUUGACGUGGUUAUCGACGACAGACUCCCAACCGUCGGCAACCAGCUAGUAUACUGCCACUCCAACGUCAGCAACGAGUUCUGGAGUGCUCUUGUGGAGAAGGCCUACGCAAAAUUGUAUGGCUGCUAUGAAGCCCUUGAUGGUGGGAAUACAGCAGAUGCACUAGUGGACUUCACUGGAGGGGUCUCUGAGCCACUGGACCUGGUGGAAUGCAAGUUCUCUGAGGACGAGGCAGCGAGGAACCAGCUUUUUGAGAGGGUGCUGAAGGUGCACAACCGUGGUGGCCUCAUCAGUUGUUCAAUCAGGGCCACCAGCUCGGCGGACAUGGAGGCACGGCUGGACUGUGGCCUGGUGAAGGGGCACGCUUACGCCGUGACCGAUGUCAGGAAGGUGCGACUGGGCCACGGGCUGCUGGCCUUCUUCAAGUCGGAGAAGCUCUGCAUGAUCCGCAUGAGGAACCCCUGGGGGGAGAAGGAGUGGAACGGGCCAUGGAGUGACAGCUCUGAAGAAUGGCAAAAAGUGAGCAAGAGUGAGAGGGAGAAGCUGGGAGUGACUGUGCAGGACGAUGGAGAAUUCUGGAUGACGUUUGACGACUUCUGCACCCACUUCACGGACUUCAUCUUGUGCCGGCUGAUCAACACCUCCUACCUGAGCAUCCACAAGACCUGGGAGGAGGAGGUGAUGCGGGGGGCCUGGGUUCGCCAUGAGGACCCCCUGAAGAACCGCACGGGGGGCUGCAUCAAUUAUAAGGCCACCUUCCUCCAGAACCCUCAGUACGUGUUGGACGUGAAGAAGCCCGAGGACGAGGUGCUCAUAUGCUUGCAGCAGAAGGACCGGCGCGCCCGGCCCAAAGAAGGCAAGGGAGAAAACCUGGCCAUCGGCUUCGACAUCCACCGGGUGGAGCUGAACAGGAAGUACCGUAUGCACUCAGCCCAGCAGAAAGUGGCAAGCUCCAUCUUCAUCAAUUCCCGCUGCGUGUUCCUGAGGAAGGACCUGAAGGAGGGCCGCUACGUCAUCAUCCCCAGCACCUUUGACCCUGGCCUGCAGGGCGACUUCCUGCUCAGGGUCUUCACGGACGUGCCUUCGGACUGCAAGGAGCUAAUGCUGGAUGAGCCACCUCAGACCUGCUGGACCGGCAUGUGUGGAUACCCCCAGUUGGUCACACAGGUGCAUGUGGUCAGUGCCCAAGGCCUGCAGGCCCAGGACUCUGAUGGAGCUUCUGAUCCCUAUGUCAUCAUAAGCUGUGAAGGGCAAAAGGUUCGCUCUCCAGUGCAUAAGAAUACACGCAAUCCAGAGUUUGAUGUCACAGGGCUUUUUUACAGGAAGAAACCAAAAGAAGGCAUCCAAAUAGAGAUCUACAACAAGAACGUGAUGUGCGACUCAUUCCUGGGCCAGGUGGUCCUCCCCAGUGACCCCAGCGACCUCCAGCAACAGCACACCGUGCACCUGCGCGACAAGGGGAACCGGCAAAGCAGCGACCUUCCGGGCACGCUCAAUGUCAGGAUCAUCACCAGCAACGUGCUCACCAACAUCUGAGCGUCGCCCCCCCGUGACACCGCGCCGGGAGAGGCCCGGCACAGCCGCCCCACACUAAAACUCUCCCGGGAAUUAAAACCUCUCCAUAUACCUGCGCGUUUACAAGGGCUACGCCUCGUCGUCUCGCGGCACUGUUCGUCUCCGUGUUAGAAAAACCCCGUCCGCGGCUGUGGCUGGCUGGCGUCUCUUUCCUGGCUGCGUCUUCUAGAAAGACAGCUGGCCUCCCCUUGGGUACGGUAUCAUUCUGUGAGCGGCUUUCAGCAGAAAUGUUGAAAGGAAUUUAAACAACAUUCUGAACACCUUCUACUUUUAGACAGUGCCAGUGAAGAGUACCAAUCCAAUAACAUUAUGUGGAAUAAAAGGAUUUAGGUUAUAUUAGCUAUGUAUGUGUUUUUGUAUGGUAUAUGUCAUUAUCAAUAAGUGCUUUAAGAGACCAAAGGAAGCCAUGUACUUGAUUGUCUACCAAGCGCCAUGUUCCUGGUCAGUUGAUUUUCUUCUUUGCUGUUUUACCUGAGGCAUUGUUAGCAAGGGCACAUAUCAAGCAGCAUGAGGUUUCACAAGGCCAAGUAAGCUACUGUACAGUGAGCCUGGUGGUGGUGAAUUGACCAGAGCUUUGGUUUGUCCUAAAAAAAAUGCAUGAAAACAGAUUGCGAGACUGUUGGGUGACCUGGGGAAAUUUGCAUUUUUAAUUUUUUAACGGUCUCUGUUUUCUGUUACAUAUUUAAGACAUUUGUGAGAAUGUAAGACAAUCAAGAAACCAAGGGAAACUAAUUUUAAAAGGUGCAUUUUACUUACUAAACUCUUCUGAAAGCAAUGCAAGCCAUUCCAGUUUGUAUUUUCCCACUGACUUCUUUACUUAUUGGCAUGGGUGUAAUUAACUAGUACAAACUGAGCUUGAUGGGUUGUUUUAAUUUCUUUUGCAUAAUGGAAUUGCAAGAUGGGUUUAAGUACGUCAGUGUCCUAAAGAUAUUUUUUUUUCCUUAUCCAUCACAUUCCUCAUCUAUAUGAACAGUCUUGUGCUUUUUUCAUCUCGGAUUGUCAGAAAAUGCUAUUGAUCUCAGCGUGACAUUUUUUGCCUCGUUCAACAUUGGGUAUGAGUCAGCCUUAACAGACCCAUAAGGGCCAGUAGACCCAGUGGUGCUGUGAUCGCAGAGAGGGGACUGACACGAUAUACCUCACCUGACCCUGGACGCUAAAAAACAUAAUGGUGUUUCAGGAUGGUAGCUUGUCUGAAAUCUAAAAAGAACUGCACAUUUUGCUUUGCCAGUUUAGCUCAAGCCAAAUCAAUUGUGCCAUAUUCUUGUAUUACGCAUGAGGGUACUGUAACAUCAAAUGCAGCCACUCAUUAAUUCAAGUUUACAUUAUUAGUUGUCAAUUGUGAUAAAGUAUUAUUCAUUUUUGUAAUCAUAUUAAUUGUUGUUAUCAUAUUAGUAAUCAAUAUUUAUAUAUCUGUAAUAAUUCUGUAUUGCAUUCUGUUUUUCAUUGUAAGUGAACAAAAAUUAAAAGCCCUCUAUUUUAGAUAUUUAUAUGGGAAGCUCUCCAUACAUAGUUGGUGGACUGUUUUGCAGUCCAAGGUAAUUGUUCACUUGCUGUACACAGACCAGGGGUGUUUGUAUAGAAGCUCAUUAAACCAGAGUUUAUUCCUGAUUCCAAAGCGUUCAGCAGGUUGUGAGUUUGUUGGGACUUCAGUCCAUUGUAGCGUUACUCCCCAGCAAUGCUGGUACCCAUUUUUACAGCUGUGGAUUGGCUGCCAGAAAUUGGGGUGAAGUACUGUGCUGUAAAGGGACUUAAGUCUUGGGUUUCUAGAGACCAAACUUUGUUUUCCACCAAGUGCCCCCAACAUACUGUAGUCUCCCUGCUCCAAACCCCAGGUUUCUAGAGCACUCUCCUUUAAACAACUUUUGUUAGUCAUUCAAUUUUAGGUUUUACCGAUAUUACAAUGAAGCAUAUGUUUAUAGAUGAAUAUUUUUAAAAACGACUAGGCACACACGGGCUUAACAAGGAUAUUUCGGGCAGUGUUCGUCCAUUUUGAUUUUGGUGUAACAGUUUUAUUCCUUGUAGUCCUCAUGCACUUUGUUCAGAUGGGUUUUCUUUUAAUGUGAAUAAAGCUAAAAAUACAAAUAUUCCAAGUACAGUGCGUGGAUUGUCCCAGUGGCAAAAGAUGCUAACUUGUGCUCUUAAAGCUUUAGAUCUGAGGAGAAAACUCAUGAGCAAAUUAUUACAAAGUAUUUUUGUUUACACUUAAAAAGACUGACAUAGCUCUGCUCUAUAUACUGUAUGAUGUAAAAUGCAUAAUGAUAUGUACUUCUUUAAUACUGCUACAUUUUUUCUCUGACCUACUGCUGGUAGAUCUGAGAACUGUGUAGUAGCUUUAUAAGUCAUAUAUGACUGAGUAUAACAUAUUUACAAUAAGUGUAUUUGUUUUCUGAAUUAUGUGU